CUUUGGUUCAUCCCUUGAUCUGUCAAUUGUCAGUUCUUGUUUUAUUUAUCUUGUUCCGGCCGAUGGUUGAAUGCUAUUUAUAAAAAAUAAAAGAAGUGAACUAUAAUUUGCAUAACAAAACAUUUUAUUGAAUCGGGGCACGAAAAUAGGCCAGACAGAAGAAGUGCAGAACGAUGGUUUAUAAAUGUGUUUUAUCGUUUUUGUUAAUAACUCCUUAUAUAUUACACUGUACCACGGCCGCAGUUCAUAGCCACAAUAUCGAUACAAUUGAAAGAGAAUCCGAUGGUAGUUACCGCGCGCGAGACUACGACCACUACACUGACGCCGGUCACAACUUGGAGUUCGACCACGAAGCGAUCUUAGGCAGUGUAAAGGAGGCGGAGGAAUAUGACAAGCUCAGCCCAGAGGAGUCGCAGCGGCGGCUGGCUAAGCUGCUGCCUAAGAUGGAUCUCAACGGAGACCAGUACAUUGACCGCAAGGAACUUAAAAAAUGGAUCUUGAACUCCUUUGCUAAGUUAUCUCGGGAAGAAGCUCAGGAGCGACUACUGGAGGCAGAUGAGAACAGCGAUGGUCUAGUGACAUGGGCAGAGUACCUGCAUGAUACAUUUGGCGCAAACGAUGAUGAAGAAGUGGCUCCUGAUGACACCGGAGAUACUGGCAUGCUUGUGCGUGAGGAGAAGAAAAUGUGGGCACUUGCUGACAAGAAUGGGGAUGAAAUGCUGGACCUGGAAGAGUUUGAGGUGUUUUCUAAUCCUGAAGAGCACGAGGCGAUGCAACCGUUCCUGGUGAGCCAGACGAUCCGCGAGCGUGACCACAACAGUGACGGACGGAUCGACUUUAAGGAGUACUUAGGAGAUAGGGCGGCUUCACACGACAAGGCGUGGCUGGUGUCGGAGCAGGACAAGUUCUCUCACGAGCUGGAUCUGGACGGCGACGGCGCGCUCGAUGAGGACGAGGUGCGCCGCUGGAUCAUACCAGACAACGAUGAAAUAGCGGAAGAGGAGGUGGAGCAUCUGUUCGCGUCAGCUGAUGACGACCACGACGAGCUGCUGUCGUUCCCCGAGGUGUUGUCUCACCAGCACGUAUUUGUGGGCAGCGAGGCCACUGACUAUGGAGACCAUCUCCUCGGAGAUCGCUUCGAUGACGAGCUGUAGACCGACACAGAACUUCCUGCCAUUUGUGAGUCAACAUUCAAUUACGUGUAGUAAAAGAAUCAUUAGGUUGAUUGCAUUUUAAUUAAUCAACAUUUAACUUUAUAUAAGUAGUUAAAUAAACAUACAAUAUCGGUUAGUACAACUGAAUAUUGAUGAACUUUUCUAUUGUUUUGAUUGUACUACGAUAAGUUAUUUAUUAUGAAUUAAUGUAAAUUGUUCUAACUGAAUCUCUAUGUGUUAGUUUUCAAGUUCAUCUUGGAAUCUUAUCUUGCCAAAUAUGU